AUGCCGGAGAAGGAUGUUGUCGCUGCAGACGCUAUCAGCGGUGCACCCGCUCAACUCCGCCACCGCCAGGUCCGGAUAUACCAACCCGCGAGGAACACGAUGCAGAGCGGCUCGGGAAAGACUGAGAAAUGGCGCAUCGACUUUGAUAUCCUACCGGGAGGUGGACGAUGGGAGAACCCCUUGAUGGGGUGGGCCAGCUCCGCGGACUAUGUCCAAGCACUGCGCAUGUCCUUCCGAUCAAAGGAGGAUGCUGUUCACUUUGCGGAGAAGCAAGGCUGGGACUACUAUGUGCAACCUCCCGUUAUCCAGCGUAUUCCUCCGAAGAACUAUGCGGAGAAUUACGUGUACAAGCCGAACAAGCUUCGUAUCGCUCGUACGAAGUAG